GGGGAGAGGAGGUCUUGGAGCUAGUGUGUUGCUUGGUCGCGUAAACUUGAUAGCAGGGUUGUGAAUUCGUGUAUUUAACUUGCAGUUUGUUCUCAAAACGUUCAAAAUGCCUGUUUUUCACACUAAAACUAUUGAAAGUAUUUUAGAACCUGUAGCACAGCAGGUGUCACGCUUGGUGAUCCUGCAUGAAGAAGCUGAAGAUGGCAAUGCAAUGCCUGAUCUGGAACGUCCUGUUAUGGCCGUUAGCAGGGCUGUGACUAACCUUGUGAAGGUUGGACGUGAAACUAUCAACUCAAGUGAGGAUGCAAUCCUGAAGCAGGACAUGCCUGCAGCACUAAUCAGGGUGGAAGGGGCAUCACGUCUUUUAGAGGAGGCAUCUGCUAUGUUGAAGGUUGACCCAUACAGUGGUCCAGCCAGAAAGAAGCUUAUUGAAGGCUCCCGAGGCAUUCUGCAAGGAACAUCUGCUUUGCUGCUUUGUUUUGAUGAAUCAGAAGUUCGGAAGAUUAUUCGGGAAUGCAAGAGGGUGCUGGACUAUCUGGCAGUGGCAGAAGUUAUAGAGACAAUGGAGGAUCUUGUUCAAUUUCUUAAGGACCUCAGUCCCUGCCUCAGUAAAGUUUCACGGGAGGUUGGUGGGCGUGAGAAGGAACUCACUCACCAAGUGCACAGAGAGAUUUUAGUUCGUUGUCUGGAGCAAGUUAAGACGUUGGCGCCCAUCCUGAUUUGCAGCAUGAAGAUUUUUAUUCACAUAAUUGCGCAAGGUGGCAAGGGGGCAGAGGAAGCAGCAGAGAAUCGUAAUUACCUGGCACAGCGCAUGACAGAUGAACUAAAUGAAAUCAUUCGAGUCUUACAGCUGACAACAUACGAUGAAGAGGAAUGGGAUGCUGACAACUUAACUGUCAUGAAGAAGGCUCAGAAUGCUAUUGAAGGAAAAGUCAGGGCUGCCCAUGAUUGGCUGGAAGAUCCAUUGGCUCUGAGGGGUGGUGUGGGUGAGAAGAGUGUGAGGCAGAUAUUGGAACAUUCACAGAGGGUUUGUGAACGUGCCCUGCCUGCAGAUGCGGAAGCCAUUAAGAAGUUGUGUGGAGACAUUACUACUAUGACUGAUGCUCUUUGUGAGUUGCGACAAGAUGGAAAAGGUGCUACACCACAGGCUGAGUGUUUGGCUCAUGGCAUUCAAGAGAAGUUGGGAGAACUGUGUGGGCUUGUACAGCGAGCUGUUAUUGGAGUGGAAAAGUCUGGAGUACAGCAGCCUGCUCACACUGUAUCAGGAAGGCUGGAACAAGCACGGAGAUGGCUGGCCCAUCCAGAUAGGGAUGACCGUGGGCUUGGACAGCAGGCUAUUGCUCUCAUUGUUACAGAAGGAAAGAAGGUGGCUGAUGGGCUGCCAGGAAUACAUAAAGCAGAAAUUUUAGGCUUGUGUGAUGAAGUGGAUAUUCUGUCACGACAGCUGAGUGACUUAUGUCGACGAGGCCAUGGAGACACCCCUCAGGCUCAAGAUGUUGCAAGGACUCUAUCCCAGAAGCUGUAUGAGCUGAAAGACCGCAUACAGAAUGCGGUUGUUAGCCGUGUGGUGGAAGACUUCAUUGACAUUAGCUCCCCACUGAAACACUUCACUGAUGCUGUCCAUGUUCCUCAAGGCACUCCAGGCAGGGAGCAAAACUUCAAUGACAGAGCACAACAACUGCAACAGUUUAGUUCUCGAGCAGCAAAGACAGCACGCAUGGUUGCAGCUGGUGGAAGUUCUGGCAACAAGAAGUUGGCUGAGGCUUUGCUUAGCUCUGCUUCUCAGGUGGAGAGUUUGACACCACAGCUGGUGAGUGCUGGCCGCAUUAGGAUGAAUUAUCCAGAGAGUAAGGCUGCUGAUGAGCACUUUCAAAACCUUGUUGCUCAGUAUUCAGACUCAAUUCAGCAUGUUAGAGCACUUUGUGAUGAAGCAACGGACUCCUCAGAUUUUAUUAAGAUGUCAGAGGAACAGAUCCAGAAGCACUCAGUCCUGUGUGAAGAAGCAAUUCGCAAGACCCAACCACAAAAGAUGGUUGACAAUACUGCAAGCAUUGCAAGACUGGCAAACCGAGUCCUCAUGGUUGCAAAGCAAGAGUCUGACAACUCAGAAGAUCCGCAGUUCAUCUCCCGUGUAAACAAUGCUUCAGAUCAGGUGCAGGCAAGUGUAACACCCAUGGUACAGGAUGCUAAAGCAGUUGCUAUCAACACACAAGACACUGUUGCAGUGUCCAGAUGGCGCGAAUCAAACAAGGCUCUUCUGAGCGCAGUAGGUGAAGUUCGUCAUGCUGUCACUGUCACGCCUGAUCUUCCCCCACCACCAGAAAUGUCUAACCUUCACAUCAGUGAUGCUGAAUUGGGCGGCAUAUUUAAUGUGGAUUUUAAUUCCAUUUUUGGCCUGGGUGAGGCACCACUGAGUACUCAUAACAACGUAAUGUACCACCCUGUCUCUGGUUCUAGAGACAACAGCCAUCUGGUGCAAGGCUAUCAACCAUCUCAACAGCAGUACAGUUACUUUACUGACAAAGAGUAUGCUCCGCCAAGACCCCCUCUGCCAGGUGGAGAGUUACCCCCACCUCGACCUCCUCCACCAGAAACAGAUGAUGAAGAUGACAUGUUUUUGCAUGCACCACUGCCUAACCAGCCAAUCAUGAUGGCUGCACAUGGACUCCACCAAGAGGUGAGACAGUGGUCAAGCAAGGACAAUGACAUUAUUGUGGCAGCCAAGAAAAUGGCAGUGCUGAUGGGCCGGCUAUCACAACUGGUACGAGGAGAAGGGGGAAGCAGCAAGAGAGAUCUCAUUUCCUGUGCCAAAAGCAUUGCUGAAGCUUCUGAGGAGGUAACACGUCUCGCCAAAGAACUUGCUAGGGAAUGCACAGACAAGAGAAUGCGAACGAAUCUCCUGCAAGUUUGUGAGCGAAUUCCUACUAUUGGCACACAGCUCAAGAUCUUAUCCACAGUAAAGGCAACCAUGUUGGGAGCUCAAGAGGUGAUUCCCCGGAUGGACAUGGGAGAGAUUCUUGGGGGCACAGAGGAAGAUCAAGAAGCAACAGAUAUGCUGGUGGGUAAUGCACAGAAUCUAAUGCAGUCUGUCAAGGAGACAGUUCGUGCAGCUGAGUCUGCAUCUAUUAAGAUUCGCACAGAUGCAGGUAUUCGCCUGCGUUGGGUUAGGAGACAGCCAUGGUAUCAGUACUAGGAUCUCCAUUGUGAGUGUGGAUACAAAGGUCUGCAUUCAGCCCCACCAGUCAGCCUGCCAUACUGUGCAUCCCAGAACAGCUUCCAGUUUGUAGCCAAGUUUCCACUGCAUUUCCAUCAGACACAAAUGCACUUAAAAGCAAAGAGUGAUGUGAAGUUGCUUGCCUUGGACAUUACAUAUAUCUUUAUGCAGAUAUGGUAUAUGUAACUGUUACAGAAUGUUAUAUAAAAUUAACCACAGUCUGUUGAGUGGAGUGGAGAGAGUAAUAAGAUGAAAUGUUCCCUUCUGCCAAAAAGAAUAAAUUUUUAAGAUUUCUGUCUUUAAAAUGAAAGAGUUUUUAAUAAGAAAAUUUUAUUAAUAUUUCAAGGCUCUUCAGCUCAUUAGCUCUUUAUUUUCUUCAUUCUCUAUAUUAUAUUCAUAGAGGAUUAUGUUUUGAAGAAAGGUAGUUUGGAUAUUAUUUGCUGCCAUAUGCCUUUCCAUGUACAAAUGUCUCAAAUUAGUAGAUUUUUUCAGUAAACAAAUUAUUUGCUUGCACAUAAAGGACCCAGAGUACAUAGCAAGUUGAGAAUUUCGUUUCACACAGCUAGGAUUGCACCACAAUAUCAUGUAAAUCUUCAUAUCCAAAAAAUAUAGUUCUUCUUGCAGUUAUCACACAUGUAAUAUUACAGGUUACAGAACACAAGGAGUGAUCGUGUUCCUCAGAAUAAUGGAAUCAUGCCAAAUUACACUGCUUGUGGUCUUUUACAUAUUUUUGUGAAAUUCCCUCCCUCCGUCUCCACUCACUCUUUCUCUGAGCCUUUUACUUGUUCCUUGUAGUUAUGUCUACAAUCAACCCUCAGGUCAAGAACUGUGUUCUUAUGUCACCUUUAAACAAAAAUGGUAAACAGCAGUGAACUUCUGUUUGUUAAUGGAUAUGGAAGAAGUGGUAGAAAAUAAAAAUGCUCUAAUUGAAUUGUAUAAGAACAUUUCACACGUUUUAUUUUAGUUCAUUGUUUGUGUGAUGCUGUCAGCACCUCAGGCUGUACAUGGUCAAAAUUCAUACAUAAUUCAAAAUUGCAGUGGCUUUCUUGACAUUGAAAUGAUGUUCCAAGUUUGGAACAUGUUUACUGACAUCACUCCUGUGAUUUAUUAGAGCAGUGAAUUGCUUAAAUAUUGAUCUAAAUGGUGCUUUUAUAGUAAUGAAUACUUGCUGGCUUUAUUGUUGGUACAUGAUAUAGUAAUGAUACAUUUUCUUAAAAUAUUUUUCCUGUAACUGAAGUAAUUCCCUGAAGUAUAAGUAUACAGACAGUAUAAUGGAGAGUUUUAAAGAAUUGUAAAUUGUAUAGCUAUUUUCAGUAUGAAAAUACAAAUUUAGUUUUAACUUAGAUUUAGUGUGGUCUCUUAUUGGUAUGGAUAACUUGAAAAGUUCAAUUCUAUGAUACCAACAGGGCUUAACUGAAUCUCACAAGUGCUGUGGUUCUUUCAGCUUUGCUUUAAUGUUAAGUAUCAACACAUAAGUUAACUAUAACAAUUAAUUCUUUUAUUCUUUAAUAAUAUUUUAAUGCAAUCCUGGGUAUUGACACUGAUAUAGAAAUCAAAUUGGAUGACACGUUUUUAACCAGAAUUUUUCGGCAAAUUAAGUGAAAUAUUCUAUACAGAUUUAUUUGUGUUCUUUACAAUUUUUCGUAAAUCAGUAUUAUAUAUAUUUUGGAUUUGAGGUUCUCACAAUGAGGG